UGUGCCAGAUAUGUGAAAUUUGUUAGUUUUUAGUGAUCUUUGGAAAAGAUACCUAUGAUAAGAGAAUGAUAUUCCUAAGACUGUUAUUAAACAGCGGUCUAAUAUUCAUAAUUGGAGAAGCAUUUUUUACGGAAAGGGAAAGGGAAGUGAAACAUGAUCCGGACCCAAUGACAUUCUUACAAAAUGACGUAACACCGCUGCACUAUGAUAUAUAUAUCGAAUUACAACAAUUUUUGGAGGUAGAACCAAAAAUCUUUUCUGGCAAAUGUAUUAUAUACAUCAAGAUCGAUAUUCAAUUAGAAUUCAUAACUUUACACGCACAAAAACCACAUAUAGAAAUACAAUAUAUAUAUCUGGUCGAAAGACACUCAAAUAAAACCUAUGUCGGAAUGCAUAAAUACGAUAAAAAAAAGGAUACUCUCUACAUUUUUCUUCAAGAGGAUAUAUUAAGCGGAUAUUACUCUUUGCAUAUAUCAUUUAACGGUUCUUUAGAUGAUGAUGAAGUUUUCCUCAAAACUUUCUACAUAAAUGGUAAUGGACAGAAAAUGUGGUUAGUUGCAACGCAGACAUUUGCAGCUCGACAAUUAUUUCCAUGUUGGGACGUGCCGAUAUUAAAAGCGACAUUCAAUAUUUCUAUAAAGCAUUAUGAUUCAUAUAAAACUUUGUCGAACAUGCCAGUACAAGCAAUAACGAAAGAUAACAAUAAGAUGCAGUGGACACAUUUCAAAACUCCCGCAAUGCCCACUUAUUGUAUCGGAUUUAUACUGCACAAUUUCUUUUUUAUGCCUGAUAUAAAUCUAUGGUGUAAACCGCCAUCAUAUUACGAACUAUUGUUCGCAAAUAACGUUAUUCGAAAAAUUACAACGUACUUUGAAAAUUGGGAAACUUUCAAGAAAGUUCCAUAUAUACAACAUGUUGUAAUCCCAGGCUUUCGAUAUAACAUAUAUGACAUGGACAAAUGCAAUCUUAUUUUUUAUAGAGAAACAACUGUUAUUUAUAAUGAACGAUUUGAUCCCGUUGCUCGUAAGAUAGAGGUGGCACGUUUAAUAGCUCGCAAAAUAACAUAUCAAUGGUUGGAUAAUCAAAUCAACUCAACCUCGUCUAAUUUUUGGUUACACCAGGGUGUCGCAAUGUUACUCGGAACAAAUAUCGUUAAUAAGAGUUUUUCAGAUUUCCGUAUGAUGGAUCUGUUCGUGGUACAAAUUCAACAAGAAUCUCUCCGUUUAGAUUCUGAUCCUCAUUUUCAUCUCCCGUUUUCCUAUCACAUUAAAGCAUCUGCUAUAUUGCGCAUUUUGCAACAUAUUCUUACGGAUGAGAAGUUCCAAUAUGGCAUUGAGAUAUUUUAUAACAUGUCUACUAUAUCAACAACUCUCGAUGAUUUUUGGAAGGCUAUGCAAAAAGCUUACGAUGAAGAAAGUAGAUCCGUAUUAAAUAUAAAAGAAAAAAUGGAUCCUUGGACAAAGCUGGAACAUUAUCCUGUAUUAAUGGUUAGACAAUACCCUAACUUGAUAAUAUCGAUAGAAAAUAUCAACAGUUCAGUUUUGGAUAAAGAAUUGAACAUACUCGUAACCAUAACUAAGGAGACAGCACCUGACUUUACAGUAUCUAUGGACAAACCUUCCACAUUCUGGAUAUCUCUCUCGAAUAUUGCUACUUUUUAUUUUUUGCACGACUUGAAUGAAUGGAUAAUAGUUAAUACACAACAAAUUGGAUAUUAUCGCGUUAAUUACGAAACCAAUAAUUGGCUAAAUAUUGCGAGAUACCUGAAUAAUAUUACGCUAUAUAAGAAAAUACAUGUUCUCAAUCGUGCUCAAAUCAUCGAUGACGCAUAUUACUUCAUGAAGACAGGCCAGAUGAAUUUAUCCACAUUCUUAAACCUCACGGAAUAUCUAUCGCAUGAGACAGAUUAUGUGGCAUGGUAUCCUAUGUUUAAAGCUCUCGAAGACAUGUCCAAUAUCUUUUUAUUUUCGAGCGAAGAAAUCAAUCAUUUAAAGGAAAAAAUAGCAGAAAGUUUAUAUAAACUUCUUCAGCGUAUAACAUACAAUGAAACACCUAUCGACAACGAGCUUACAAAAUGUUUACGGCAAGAAGCCGCUAAAUGGUUAUGUGUUUUCGGUCAUCUCAAUUGCAAGAACGCAGCCCAAAUGAAAUUGAAUAAAUAUCUCAGACAUAAUGAAAGAAAUGAAAUCUUACCAUGGUGGAAAGAAUGGAUAUAUUGUAAUGGUUUGACUGUAGCAAGUACUGCUAUUUGGGAUAAAGUAUCGCAAGCAUAUACACAAAAACUUGAUAAGAAAAUAUUAAAAUUUCUUAGUUGUUCAAAAAAUCCAUUUGUUAUGAAUCAUAAAAUGCUAACAAAAGUGCCGAAAGAUCAUUUAGAAAAAAUCCAACACAAUGAUUAUAUCUUUUAUUUUCAUAAUAUUAUUGAGAAACAUGCAAGAAAUGAAAUAAUGCUUGUCCAUAUAUUAGAGAAUUUGAUGAAUAUAAAACCCAAACAAUUCAAUACGAUUACAGCGUUAAUUGAUAUUAUCAAUCACGUAUAUUCUGAGAAUGUACUUAAUACGAUAACAUCAUUCGUAGAAAAUACUUUGAUGAAAAGCGAAUUAACAAUCAUUACUGAAAUGGUUUUUAUUAACUCGGAGAUAAAUAAGUACGUGAGAACUUUAAUGAAAAAACGAAUUUUGUUUAUCCAUCACAAGAUAAAAAUACGCUUAUCUCAAAUCAAGAGUCAGAAAAGUCGUUUCCAUUUUACAAAAAAUGGAAAACAAUGAAUGAAGAGAAUAUAAUCAAACUUGAAUUAUCAACUUAUUAAAUCCAUGAAUGAUAAAAACCAUGAUGCAUACACAUAUCCAAUCUUUAUCAUGAAGUUCUAUUUCAUUUCUGGAUAAAUGUUUAAAAAAUGAAAAGGAUUUGCGAAAUAUUUUUAAGCUCAUUUUUUAUGUAUAAGUUUUUUGUAGAAUACGAAACUGAUCAAAAAGAUUGUAGCACUAUCUCUAAAGAUGUAAUAAUAUAUAAGAAAUAUCAUUUGACAGAUAUAGAACAUUAAUAUAACAU